UGUAUAUAGUUUUAACGUCGAUUUGUUUAUUUUAUGGUUAUUUUUUCACAUGAGAUUUUAUUGUCUAUUCAAAUCACAAUUCAAAUAAUAUUUAUAAAUGUGUGUUUGACCGCAAUAAUAUUUGAUUUCUGUUAUCUCUUAUCGUAUGGACGUAGAAAGAUAAACCAUUUUAUUAGCUAUCGGAAUUGUUGAACACACCACUAGUGCAUGAAUUUACCAAAGUAGUUAUAUUAUGAUCCUGAAAGUGAACUGAAAUAAAUAUGGGUGAUUAUAUACUCCAGAAAACUAAAAUCACUUCAGUACCCAAGUAUGGGUUAAAAGUAAAAUUGAACCAUGUAUAUCCAGAAAAAAGGACUCAGAACUUUGUACCCUCCUUGAAGAUUAUAUGGAGCAUGUUACCUCUUAUAUUACGGUACCUGUGGGACUAUGUUAUCUCCAAGAUACGAGGAACUUAUGUGGUCAUGGAUUAUGUAUAUGUUGAAAACGCCAAACAAAUUUAUGGUGUUCCUGUAGGAGGUAUAGGCAGUGGCACUAUUGGUAGAGGAUAUAGAGGUGAAUUUUGCCGAUUUCAGAUGAGACCUGGCAUUUAUGAAUGGAAUACUGUAGAUGCAAAUCAGUUUAUAAUCACAAUCAAAGACCAACAUCAAGAAACAAUAUUCCACAGUCUUUUGACUACAUUUCCGAAAAAAUCACUCAAGUCUUGGCAAAGCCUCAUUGACGGAAGCAAAUGUAAUUAUACAGGACUUUACCCAAGAUCUUGGACAGAAUAUGAUUUGACGGAGUAUGGGAUUAAACUAAAAUGUAGGCAAAUAAGUCCAGUAAUACCACAUGACUAUGUUAAUAGUUGCUUACCAUGUGCAGUAUUUGUCUGGAGCAUAGAAAAUGUAUCUGAUGAACAAAGAACAGUUACCGUAUCUUUAACAUUCAAGAAUGGAACUGGUAACAAGAAGGACAGAAAUGCAACUUGUAGCUCAAAAAUAUUCUCAUACAUAAAUUCAGAAGGUGUCAUUCUCUAUCACACUAUUGAUAAUAUGAGGUGUACAUAUGCACUUGCAGUAAAAUCAGAGGAAGGUGUGAAGGUAUCUAAGUGUCUUUAUUUUGACCCAAAGUCAGAUGGAAUGAAACCAUGGAUACAACUGAAAAAUAACGGUGAAUUUGAAAAGGUUAGUGGAUCUUCUCAUGGGCAUGUAUAUGGCGAAAUGGCAUGUGGCAUCGCAGCUAAAACCACGUUACCACCUUCAACUUCUAAGCAAAUUGAUAUGAGUCUGGUCUGGGAUAUGCCAACCAUUACUUUCCCAGGCAAACGGAAAAACUAUCACAGGUUUUAUACAAGGAAAUUUGGAUUGGACAAUGCAGUAUUGAAAAUUGUGUCACAUGCAUUUGACCAGUAUGUCCAGUGGGAAGAAAGUAUAUAUGAAUGGCAAAAGGAUGUUCUUGAAAAUAGUGAAUAUCCGGAUUGGUAUAAAUCGGCACUGUUCAAUCAAAGUUAUUUUAUAAGCGAUGGUGGCGGCGUUUGGUUGACGUUGGACGAAGAAGAAUCCAUGAAACUAGGACCUAAUGAUCCAAGAUUGGCCUAUGGUCGAUUCGCCUAUUUAGAAGGUCACGAAUAUGUGAUGUAUAACUCCUAUGACGUACAUUUUUAUGCCUCCCAUGCACUGUUCAAAAACUGGCCAUACCUCCAGAAAUGCAUGCAGUACGAUUUGAGGGACUUUAUAUCCUUAGAGGUUCCGCAGAAGGUCAAAAUGAUGUAUGAUGGCCGUGUAGUUGAAAGGAAGUACCCAAGCACUGUUCCACACGAUGCGGGCACACCAGGCGAAGAACCAUUCAUACUUCCAAACUCUUACCCGAUCCACGACGUAAGUUGUUGGAAGGACUUGAGCUCAAAAUUCGUGCUCCAAACGUACAGAGACGCAUUUGCUUCUGGCAAUCCUGAUAAUGACUACAUUGCUGAUAUGUACGAUGCGUGUUAUACUGUGAUGCACAAGAGUUUGCAAACUGCUGUCGAUGACGAUGGACUCAUUGUGAAUGGUGGCACUCCUGAUCAGACUUAUGAUACUUGGAUUAUGACAGGAGUUAGUGCAUAUUGUGGAGGUCUGUGGUUAGCUGCUCUCUAUACUAUGAUCGCCUUAGCUGACCGACUUCGAAAAUCAGAAGACAAAGCAACAUUUGAAAAAGUAUUUGCAUCGGCCAGAAAAUCGUACGACCAGAAGCUGUGGAAUGGAAUAUGUUAUAAUUUUGAUUCAUCCAGCAAGGAAUCUACAGCUAUUAUGGCUGAUCAACUUUGUGGUCAUUGGUAUCUGAGGUGUUGUGGGAUAAACGACUAUGAUGUAUUUCCGAAAGAUAAAGUUAGGAAAACAUUGAGAACGAUCUAUGAAAACAAUGUUUUAUCCUUUUGUAAUGGAACGAUGGGAGCAGUUAACGGAUUUUUGAAUGGAGCGGCAGACACUGUUAGCUUACAAAGUCAAGAAGUGUGGACGGGAGUGACUUAUGCUUUGGCAGCAACUAUGCUGUUUGAGGAUAUGUACGACGAGGGUUUGAAAACUGCAGGUGGUAUGUAUAGGUCCAUGUCCGAGCUUUUUGGCUUAGAAUUUGACAUUCCAGAAGCACUAUAUGCUAAAAAGUUCUAUAGAGCUAUUGGCUAUAUGAGACCUUUGAGUAUUUGGUCAAUGCAAAUCGCGUUAGAAGGGAAGAAGAACCAAGAGACUAAAGCAGAAGGUUAGGUUAAGACAAUAAAAAUGUUCUCUGUAUCCAUGUGUACAGAAGUGAUAUUGAAUUUUGCAUUUAUAGAUAUAGUAGUCUAGUUUAAAUCAAAGCACAUAUUAUAUUGGAAAUAUGUUACACUCAAUUAGUUGUCACCUGAUAAAUUUUUGAAAGGUCAUUUUCACGACAGGUGGAAAAAUAACGCUCAGUAUAGGCAGACUUUGGGCGAGUAUUAGUGCUUGAAAUCGGUAUGUCCUUAGUGAAGUAACACUCUCAAAAUGGCACGUUAUUUUUGGUUCCAUUUGGUCCAGAUCAUGCCGAAGAAUCUGGGCAACAACGUGAGUGGUAAUCGAUGGAUUUCGGGUGGAUUAAAGGAUGUAGUUUGGUGAAAUUAACUUCAGAAUUUUAUUUGGCAAACCACCUACGGGAGUAGUCGUUGUCGAACGGAUUGAAGUAACCGUGCCAGGACGAAGUAUUACUCCUAAACAAAAAGUGUUCAAAGAAAACUAUGGAUUGUUGUGUAUUAGUCUAAUCAUGUUAGCAAAUUUCCCCGAAAUAAUUGUAAAAUCUGGUUUUAUUGAUGCAAGUUGUUCAAGGGGGUAUUUCAAAGAUGGACGCAAAAAAUGCGUACACCAAUUUUUGUGGGAAAACUUUUUAUUCGACAACAAAGAAUGAGAAAACGUGUUUUUUGGGAUUCAAUCGAAAGUGUUGGCAGGAACGAAAAACUCUUCAUAUAAGAUUUUUAGGUAUUCAUGAGACCUACAAAAUGAGACCACACGUAAAAAGAUCCGAUUAAUAGCAAAAAUGUUAUAGCACAAAACCGAGGCAAACUGCAGGUUUUGGCACUUGUUGGUAAUGCAAUGAUGGUUCCUCACAGAUACUUAAAAUUCUUCAAAUUCGUACUUCUAAAUAAUCACAACAAAAUUGGAGUAGAUUGGUCAAGUAGUUUUUGAGAAUUUCUAAUUGUUUAUCUCAAAACACCUGUUUACUACUACUAGUUUAUUGAGCAAUCUACAGGGUUAGUUCAACGAGCACUUUGUAGCUAAAUACACUAGUUUACCUUGCCGAUAUGAAUCCAAACCAUUCCGGAAGAUAAAUGUUAUUUUUAUGCAAAAAAGGAUGGGUUACGUUUUUUCUUCUAAACAAAUUCAAACAGUUCGUACUUGUGAGUAAUUCGCAACAAAAGAUGAUAGACACAUCCGCUUUGUUUUAAAAUGUAUAUAGUAACGUGUUUUUCGAAUAUCGUAGCGCAUAUUUUCAAUUACUCACAAAUACGAAAUGUUUGAAUUUGUUUAGCAGAAUAAAAGCGUGUUAAAAACGUAACAUUUGUUGUUCGCAUAAAAAACACGUUUUCUCAUUCUUCGUUGACAGAUGAAACAAAAGUUUUUACACAAAAAUUUGUGUACCCAUUUUAUGCGUCCAUGUUUUAAAUACCCCCUUCAACAACUUGCAGCAAUAAAACCAGACUUAACAGUUAUUUCGCAAACCAGGGGUAUUUUCGUCUAAUAUGAUAGUAGAUGUCAGUUGGAUUAUAUCCUGGUAAAAUUAACUUGUUUUCCCGUAUAAUCUGACUUUUCUUCACUUCAUCAACUUACGAUGUUACUUUCACCAGACUAUUUUCGAGACCUGCGUACACGACAUCUACAGAGAAAUCCAUAUACCACCGACGUGUGUACCAGAGAGAAGCGCGAUAAGCGUGCAAUACGUGUUAGAAAGAGAUAGAAGCUCCACGUUGCCUUCCUAACGUACGUAUUGCACGUUUUUCGUACUCCUCUCUCGUACACAUUACCCUGUCAGCGAUAUUUGGAUUUCUCUGUAUACUCCCGUCCAAAGUUGCAAAGUUAAAUUUACCAUUUAAUAAAGCUGUCAAACACCUAGAACAGGAGUAAAAUGACAAAUGGAAUAAAGGAAUACCCAGAUGAAUUAACUGUGUAUGUUUAUUAGGCAAGCACAAGUUUUCCUAUUACUCGAUACAAACACAGGUUCUUUUUAGACAAACUUUAUUAUAUUCCAAAACUAUAUCAACAAAUGAAUUUAAACUGUAUCUAACUGAU